AUGCAGAGUAACUGGCAGGACAGACCCGGGUGGGCGGAGGGGGGUCCGGAGGAGGGACUCCAGGAACCGCGGGCACCGAUUAUCCCCGGCGGACGACCCGGGGGCAAAACCGGGACUGAGCCUGGGAACUCGGGCGGACGGCCCGAGGGCAAGGCAGCGACAGAGUCUGGGAACUCGGGCGGACGGCCCGGUGGCAGGAGUCAGCGCCGGAAAACUCGGGGUCUUGGAACUGUGGCCCAGCAGUCACAGGAACAAGGUUUUUUGGCUGAAAUCCAGGCGAAACAGGAGGUGACGGUUGCGGCCCAACCGGAACAGCAGGUGGAGGUUGCGACCCAACCGGAACAGCAGGUGGAGGUUGCGGCCCAACCGGAGAAGCAGGUGGCGGUUGCGACCCAACCGGAGAAGCAGGUGGCGGUUGCGACCCAACCGGAGAAGCAGGUGGCGGUUGCGACCCAACCGGAACAGCAGGUGGCAGUUGCGACCCAACCGGAACAGCAGGUGGAGGUUGCGGCCCAACCGGAACAGCAGGUGAAGGUUGCGACCCAACCGGAGAAGCAGGUAACAGUUGCGGCCCAACCGGAACAGCAGGUGGAGGUUGCGACCCAACCGGAGAAGCAGGUGGCGGUUGCGGACCAACCGGAACUGCAGGUGGAGGUUGCGGACCAACCGGAACUGCAGGUGGAGAUUGCGACCCAACCGGAACAGCAGGUGGAGGUUGCGACCCAACCGGAGAAGCAGGUGGCGGUUGCGGCCCAACCGGAGAAGCAGGUGGCGGUUGCGGACCAACCGGAACUGCAGGUGGAGGUUGCGGCCCAACCGGAACAGCAGGUGGAGGUUGCGGCCCAACCGGAACGGAGGACGCCUGGAUCAGAGAUCGACCGGACCUCCGACAGGACUCUGGGAGCAGAGGUCAGCCGGACCUCCGACACAGGAGUAGGCUUGAAUUCGGGUUGA